UGGGAGAGCUCCAGGGUGGGGGCAGAUCUUCACAGGUGGAAUGGGACAUGGGCUUGGACCAUCUCCUGCCUGGGUGUUUCUUCAGCCUGUGAGCUGGGACAGUCUGACGGGUCAUAGUCCUUCCCUGGAGUCUGGAUAGUGCCUCUCUGUCCUUGAUGUCCUUGCAGGCUGUGCCCUUGGACGAGUCAUGGCUGCAGCUCCAUGGCCAGCUUGCAGCAUGUACCUCCUCCUCAGACUGGCUGGGCCCUGGUGUGUGGAGCUGCAUGCGUCCAUGUGCACAGAUGCCCUGGCCCACUGCUGUUUGCUGGCCCUUGGACCACUUGGUGGUGACAGGUGCAGGCACAACUUUACCGCUUGUACUGUGCUGGGCGGAGACACCUACAGCCCUGGUCACCUGCAGCCUUUAGCAGGAGAGCUCUCCUAGGGGCACCAUUCCGGUGGUCCCCGCGCCCCAGACCCCUGUGGAGGAAAGUGCUCUCAGCCAUGGCCCUGGGGGUGCCACUGCUGCUGGGGGCCCGCUACACCAUGGCAGAGCCGCAGGAGAAGAGGCGUCUGUGGCUGGUGGUGGAGGGCGUGGGGCGCUUCAGCAGGUCCCUGAGGGUCGGCCUGCAGAUCUCCACAGACUACUGGUGGUGCACGAAUGUGACCCUGCGAGGGCUGCCCGAGAACAGCCCGGAGUACUUGGAGGUGAUGUCUGCUUGUCACCAGCGGGCAGCGGAUACUCUGGUGGCUGGGGCCAUCCGCAAUGGGGGCCUCUAUGUGAAGCUGGGUCAGGGGCUGUGCUCCUUCAACCAUCUGCUGCCCCCAGAGUACAUCCAGACACUGCGGGUGCUGGAGGACAAGGCACUUACUCGGGGUUUCCGAGAGGUGGACGCGCUCUUCCUGGAGGACUUCCAGGCCCUGCCCCAGGAGCUCUUCCAGGAGUUUGACUACCAGCCCAUUGCUGCUGCCAGCCUGGCCCAGGUGCACCGUGCCCGGCGGCAUGAUGGCUCUGUGGUGGCUGUGAAGGUGCAGUACAUUGACCUGCGGGACCGUUUCCAUGGGGACAUCUACACGCUGGAGCUGCUGCUGCGGCUGGUGGAAUUCAUGCACCCCAGCUUUGGCUUCAGCUGGGUGCUGCAGGAUCUCAAGGGGACCCUGGCCCAGGAGCUGGACUUCGAGAAUGAGGGCCGCAAUGGCGAGCGCUGUGCCCGGGAGCUGCGGCACUUCCCCUACAUCCUGGUGCCCCGCGUGCACUGGGACCUGACCAGCAAGCGCGUGCUGACAGCUGACUUCUGUGAGGGCUACAAGGUGACAGACAUGGAUGGCAUCAGGACCCUGGGGCUGGAGGCGCAGGAUAUAGCAAAGAAGCUCAUCCAGACCUUUUCGGAGCAGAUCUUUUAUACCGGCUUCAUCCACUCCGACCCUCACCCUGGCAAUGUGCUGGUGCGGAAAGGCCCAGAUGAGAAGGCCCAGCUGGUGCUGCUGGACCAUGGGCUCUACCAGUUCCUGGAGAAGAAGGACCGGGCAGCCCUGUGCCAGCUGUGGGAAGCCAUCAUCCUGAGGGACGACGCUGCCAUGAAGAAGCAAGCGGCGGUGCUCGGGGUACAGGGUGAGGCAGCCGGGGAUGGGGUGAGGCGGUGGGGGCGGGGCUGGGCGGGGCUGUGUGGGGCACACCUGACCCCCGCAGACUACCUCCUCUUCUCCGAGGUGCUCAUGCAGAGGCCUGUGCGCCUGGGGCAGUUGUGGCGCUCGCACCUGCUGAGCCACCGUGAGGCAGCCUACAUGAAGGAGAUGGCCCGAGACCACUUCGAGGACAUCAUGAGCGUGCUCAAGGCGCUCCCACGGCAGAUGCUGCUGGUGCUCCGCAACAUCAACACGGUCCGCGCCAUCAACUCUGCGUUGGGCUCCCCCGUGGACCGCUACUUUCUCAUGGCCAAGAGCGCUGUGCGAGGCUGGAGUCGCCUGGGGCAGGGCACACGCAGGAGUAUCUACGACACCAGCCUCCUACGCCGAAUCAGGGUCAUCUGGCAGGUGUUCAAGUUUGAAGUGGCUCUGAGGCUGCAGACACUGUCCAUGUGGCUCACUGUGCACCUGGUUUGGGUCCUGGCAAGGCUGGGCUUCAUACCAGAGGAAACGGGGCUGUACGAGUACCUGGAGGCCUAAGACACAGGACAGCCCGGGACCAAGGACUCUCC